AAAUUAGCAGAAGGUACAUAACUUAAAAAAAAGUUAAUACUAUUAGAUGUUUUCCACAUCUCGAUCAGUGAACACAAUUUUCUGUGCUUCGUGUAGUUUCAUUUCUUUUCUAACGGUGUGCCAACAACACGAUAAAAUGGAAAAUACACAGAUAGGUGAUAAUGAAUAUAAAUCACCGCUCUUCGGCGCUCGACAUGUACAGUGUAUCCUAAUAUUUCUGGGACUGUCAGUUGGGUACGCACAGCGAGUAAAUCUCUCCGUAGCAAUAGUAGCAAUGAUGGAUAGGAAUUCGACAAAUCCCGACUUUGAGGAGUAUCAAUGGUCGGAGGAGACAAAAUCAUAUGUGCUUAGCAGUUUCUUUUGGGGCUAUUGCAUAACACAAAUACCGGGCAGUCAGUUGGUUCACAGAUUAGGUGGUAAAAUAACACUACUUUGUAGUGUAGCAUUGAGUGCAAUCUUGGCUUUACUCACUCCGAUGAGCGUGCACUUGGGCGACUGGAAGCUGCUCUGUGCGCUACGAGUGUGUCAAGGUCUCAUACAGGGUAGCACAUUCCCAUCGAUACAUACGUUGCUCUCGAAAUGGGUACCUGCCGAGGAGCGUGCCUCUCUUGGCGCCUUUUGCUACACCGGUGUGCCGUUUGGUACCUUAUUGAGCAUGCUGGUUAGUGGUUGGAUUGCCACAUCCUCCUUUGGAUGGCCGGGUAUAUUUUAUUUCUCCGGCAUAUUCAGCUUAAUUUGGGGUUUGAUCUGGUACUUGGUUGGCGCAAAAGCACCUAGCGAAUGCAAAUGGAUGAGAAUAGAGGAACGCAUGUUCAUUGAAACCGCGCUGGCAACAUCGACCAAACCGGAACCUGAGCAUGCAGCCACAAAAACACCUUGGUUGAAGAUAUUCACAUCUGUACCUUUUUGGGUGCUAUUGGUGGCACAGUGCUCUUUCAAUUGGGGUUUGGUGACAAUACAAAUGGAAAUACCUUCGUACAUGAAAGGCGUACUUGGACAGGAUAUCGAGAGCAAUGCACUCAUGUCUGCCGUACCUUAUCUGUUUAGUUUAUUCUUGACAUUUUUAUUUUGUGUUUUAGCCGAUUUUCUGAUUAAACGUGGCUACACGAGCGUCAAUACCAGUCGUAAGCUCUUCAACACUCUCGGUCUGUGGGUGCCCGUCGUACCGAUCAUACUGUUCGGUUAUAUGAGCGCCGAUCAGAGUGAGUUGGCAUUAGCGUUGCUUGUUAUUGCUGUGGGUGUGAAUUCGGCCAGCUAUUUGGGUUUCCUCACUAAUCAUAUCGAUCUAUCACCCAAUUUUGCUGGUACCCUCAUGGGCAUAGCUAAUUGUGCAACAAAUAUUAUUAGCUUAUUAGCACCACUGACGGUGGGCUUCAUUGUCACAGAUACGAAAAAUGUUUACCAGUGGCGUGUGGUGUUCUACAUUGUCGGUGGCAUGUACUUUAUUGGCAAUUUAUUGUUCAUCUUAUUUGGUGAAACGAAAAUUCAAUUCUGGAACUCAGUGGAACGAGCGACACCACAUACUGAGCGAAACAAUCAAAAUGAAGAAUGACGAAUGGAACAGAUAUUUUCUAAUUCUUGUAUUUGUAUAAUAUAUAUAGUAGUUGUUUACUCUCGAAAUAUGUUUUACAAAGUGUAAAAAUUUUGUUGAUCAAGAUAAAGCGUUAUUUCGCUAAAGACAAACGUCGUGGUAGUACUUUAUUUUAUAGUAAAGAUUGUUUAGUAACAAUCAUGCAUUUAUAUUGGUAUGAGAAAUGGAUACAAUUUUCAAUUUCAUCUGAUCCGUGCAAUAUAUACAGCAAUAUCUUCGAGCGAUGAAGAUAUCAGAAUACACCUGUAACAAUUAGUGGUCCCGUUUGUCUAAUAAAUAAUCAGAUGACUUUUUUAACACACCACAACCCGAAUGUAAUAUGACUGACUUUAAACCGAAAAUACCAUAAAUCUCUCCGAUAUCUUAAUGAAAUAUCAUUACUUUGGUUGAGUAUAUUGCAGUAUAUUAUAAGGUGGUAAAAAUAAUUUUUUUGCGACGUUUCUUACCACAGCAUUAAUGUAAUUUUGCUAUAAGUAUAUUGAGCAAAAGUAUUUCCAUAAUUUAUAUGGAUUCAAAUGUAUAGUACCAGCAAAGUCUCAGGUGUCCAUCCUGGAGCUAUUUCUUGACACGAAAACCUGUUUCUGGCGUUCCUAAGGGUGGUCCAAGGUUUGCUGAGGAUUCGCACUUUCCUCUCAUUUUCUAUAUGUUUGGGAAAUUGUGACAGUUCAUAAAUGAAGCCAAUAUUUUGAGUCGAAGUUUUCGAGGAAAAUGUGGAACUUCUACAACGGAAAAUUGUUUCUCGAUCGAGAAUAGAUAUCACCGCUGCCUUUAAAUUUAUUACAAAUUUGCUAUUCAUCCUGUUCGGUCAAGUCAAAAUCCAGAAAAGGAAUUAACCCAAAGUGUCUCACUAACAAAUAGAACACGUCAAAUUCGAGCCAGUUAAUGACAAGAAAAAUGUAUACUAAAGCUCAGCAUUACGUUUUUAUAUUAAUAUUAUAAUAUUUGUACGGAAUGUUUACCUGAUUUAUGCACUGUAUGAAAGUAUAUUUUCUUAAUUAUCUGCAAUUAUAUCAUAAACAAAAGUAUACCAAAGAGUUCGUUUAAUACUCUUAGGUAAUUUAUGAAAACUAAAAUAUUUGCUCAUUUCAAUAAAUUAUUAUUAUAUAGGAAUUGCAAAAACUAAUUGUUCCUAAAGAGGGUACAUAGAUAGGUACAGAACAAAAGCACAAGGUACAUAACUCAAAAAAAAAGUUUACACAGUUAGAUGUUUUCCACAUCUCGAUCAGUCAACUUCUUUUGGAGCGGUCUUUUUUAAAUUAUAAAUUUAAAAAUGGUUUAUUUAAUUGUAGCAACGCUCUUCGGCGCUCGUCAUGUACAGUGUAUUCCAAUAUAUCUGGGACUGUCUGCUGCGUUCACGCAGUGAGUAAUUCUCUCGAUAGCGAUCGUGGCAAUGAUGGAUAAGAAUUCAAACAAACCCUACUUUGAGGCAUACCAAUGCUAGGAGAAGACAAAAUCUUAACUGCGCAGCAUUUUCUUUUGGAGCUAUUGCAUAACACAAAUACCGGGUAGUCAGUUGGAUCACAAAUUUGGUGGUAAAAUAAUUCUUCUUUGUAGUGUAGCACUGACCGGACUCUUGGCUUUACUCACACCGCUGAGCUUGCGUUUGGGCAACGGGAAGCUGCUCUGCGCGCUACGAAUGUGUCCAGGUCUCAUAUAGGGUAGUACCUACCCAUUCAUACAUAAUUCGCUAUCGUAAUGGGCGCCGACCACCCUUUUUGGUAGCUCACUGAUCAUGUUGGUUAGCAGUUGGAUUGCCAUAUCCUCCAUGGGUUGGCCGGGUAUAUUUUAUUUCUUCGGCUUACUCGUUAUAAUAUUGAGUUUGAUCUCCCACAAAAACACCUUGAUUGAAGAUACUCACGUCUGUGCUUUUCUGGGUGCUAUUGGUGGUACAGAGCACUUACGAUAGGGGCUUUUGGACUAUGUUAACGUCUUCGUACAUGAAGAGCAUUCUGGGACAGGAUACCAAGAGCAAUGCACUUAUUGUCUUCCGCGCCUAAUCUGUCUAGUUUAUUCUUGACAUUUGUAUUUUACAUUUUAGCCGAUUUUCUAACUAAAUGUGGCUACACGAGCGUCAAUACCAGUCGUAAGCUGUUUAACACUAUCGGGUGCCUGUAGUACCGAUCAUACUUCUCGGUUAUAUGCGCGCUGAUCAAAGUGUCUUGGCACUAGCGCUGCUUAUUUAUUAUGUAAUUUGGGCUUCCUCACCAAUCAUAUCGAUCUGUCACCCAAUUUUGCCGGUACCCUCAUGGGCAUAGCUAAUUGUGCAACAAAUAUUAUUAGCUUAUUAGCACCACUGACGAUGGGCUUCAUUGUCACAGAUAUGGUUCGUAUGCUUAUAAAAAAUGAUUAUAUAUCUCCUACCUAUUAACUUGAAACAUGACUUCUUUUAACGCAUUUUGAUUACAGAAAAAUGUUCACCACUGGCUUGUGGUGUUCUACAUUGUCGGUGGCAUGUACUUCAUUGGCAAUUUAGUGUUCAUCUUGUUAAUCUGCGCUUCAUCAGAUUAACUAUGAAAUCCACUGGCUAUUGAAAUACCUCUGGUUUAUUUAUUUUUUGAUUUAAAGAGACUUAGCCAACUUCUUUAAUUUCGAAAUUAAUGGCGGCAAUUAAUGAAUACAUUUUCAAUUAAAUAAAACAAUAUUUUUGGGUUCCUACUUUUCAA